CCUUUGUUCCUUUUGUCUCCGACCUGUUCGUUCAUCUACGCUCAGUCACAGACGCAUUUCCAACACGAUCCUCGGACUGCAAUCUUACUCCAAGCAAACCUCACUAACCACACAACACGCCCAAACCAAACAUCUCAAGAUGGAUUCCAAGCCGGCCCUGUCCAUCUCAUCCCUCGCCCUCACCCUCCUAGCUUCCCUCCCACUGACCACCUCUCAGCCCACCAACAGCUCACGCCCGCACUUCAAACUACACGUCCACAACGCCUGCCCCUUCCCCAAAUCCAUCGGCAUCUACAGCGUCACCCCAACCUUCGAAAUGCUCCAACACGGCCCCAUCGUCAACCUCUCCUCAAACACCCACCACACGCUGCACGCCCCCUACCACAGCACCGGCAUGCGCCUCUCCGGCCACGCAGAAUGGGGCCUCAACGGCCAAUGGCGGCCGCAACUGCUCUUCGAAUUCGGGUACAGCGCUUACGACACCGUGCAAGGCACCGCCUACGAUAUUUCCAUGAUGGAGGGGUCAGAUGACAAUGUGGGGAUGAAGGUGCGUGUGCUGCCGAAUGGGGCUGGGAGCGAGACGUGUGAGACGAAGCUGUGUUUGCCGGGGGAUUGUGCGCCGAGUCAAGGGUGGACGAGUCCUGGGCAGGCGGAGCUGGGGAGUCCGGCGGAUACGGUUUGUUAUCGUGGUAAGGCGGAUUUCCGGCUGACGUAUUGUCCUGAGAAGGAGGAUCACUGAUGCCGAAGUUUUCAGCCCUCCCAAGCUCCACGCAAUACAUUACUUGUCUCACGUCUCCGGCUUCCCCAGCGCCAUCAUGUCCACCGAC